UGACUUCAGUGUUAUUAUUUUAGUUUAAAAUUAAAAUUUCAAGGUUAAUGGAAGCUCUUUCACCUCUCACUAGUCACCGGGAUUGAAUUAUUCCAGAAAAAUCUAAUCAACUAAUUACGGUAGUUAAUUGGCUCACGUGACAGCUUGGAAACGCCUGGUAUUUUAUUGUUUCAUAAUCUUAGACAAAUUCUUAGAUAUUAUUUUAUAUUUCACUAGAAGUUAUCGAAAAUGGCAGCUCGGGCGUUACAUUAUGUUUUCAAAAUACCAGACCGAAAAUUAACUGUUAAAUUUUACCGAGAAAUUCUUGGUAUGAAGGUACUGAGACAUGAGGAAUUUUCAGAAGGCUGUGAUGCUGCUUGCAAUGGACCUUACGACAGUCGUUGGAGUAAAACCAUGAUCGGUUAUGGCCCAGAAGAUUCUCAUUUUGUCAUCGAGUUAACUUAUAACUACGGAAUAAAUAAUUAUGAGCUAGGAAAUGACUUCCAGGGAAUUACUAUCAAGUCAAAGGAAAUAAUUGACCGAGCUAGGAAAUAUAAUUGGCCUGUUGAAGAAGAAAAUGGAGUUUCUGUUCUUAAAGCUCCCGGUGGUUAUAAAUAUUAUAUUAUUAAUGAACCCCAAGUUGCUAAUCAAGAUCCUGUUGUGAAAGUUACAUUGUCUAGUUCAAACCUACAACGAACUGUUUCUUACUGGAAAGAUAUUUUAAAUAUGAAAGUUUAUGAACAAAAUGACAAUAAUGUUACUUUUGGCUAUGAUGACAAUCAAGCAAAAUUGGAAUUCAAGAAUAUUGGAACUAAAGUAGAUCAUGGAAAAGCAUAUGGUAGGAUUGCAUUUUCAGUUCCUUAUGACAGUCAGCCUGGAAUACAAAAAAAAAUUCGUGAAAACGGCCAUAAAAUUUUGACAGAUUUAAUCACUCUAGACACUCCUGGAAAAGCUUCCGUGCGAGUUAUUAUUCUUGCUGACCCCGAUGAACACGAAAUUUGUUUUGUUGAUGACGAAGGGUUCAGGAAACUUUCGGUUCCUGACUAUCCAAGCGAAGCUAUUUUGGACAGAUUUAUCGCUAAAGAUUCAACAUAAAUUAUUUAUUGUUAUACUUUUUUUGACGUUUAUAUUUUGUUACUGGUUUUGGGAUUUACUAAAAAUAAUAAUUAU